GGCGAUCGGAUCGUUCACCUCGCUCCCCUUUUGCGCAUGCGUGCUGGGGAUCGAGCCGGGGCGUGGGGAGCUUGCGGCCUAUAUUAUAAAGCACCCUCAUGUGCUGAUUGGGCAAUAGCAACUACAGGGCUUGUUACCAGAAUCUCAAUGGCUUUCUUGAAUAGGCGACUGGGCUUGCUGUUAACCCAAGUAAACAGAGCAGUCGAGCAGCGGCACUUCAGCAUCACUGGAGCAUGCAGUGCGAUACAGAAACUGACCCGCGUGCGAGUGGUGGACAACAGUGCCUUGGGGAACACACCAUACCAUCGGCCGCCCAAAUGCAUCCAUGUGUAUAACAAGACGGGAGUUGGUAAAGUGGGGGAUAAAAUUCUCCUGGCUAUCAAAGGAGAAAAGAAAAAGGCUUUAAUUGUAGGUCACAGGAUGCCUGGCCCUUGCAUGACACCUAGAUUUGAUUCCAACAAUGUGGUGCUCAUCGAAGACAAUGGAAACCCAACCGGGACUAGAAUAAAAAUCCCAAUACCCUUGAUCCUGCGGAAGCGCGAAGGACAGUUCUCUAAAGUGUUGGCCAUUGCCCAGCACUUAGUGUGAAGACUAUGAAAGGUCUCAGGCUGUCCUGCUGCAUGAUCUUUGAAAGAGUAAGUGUUCCAUAUGGUUCCACUUAACCUAGAAGAGGCUCCAAGGAGAACUGAGGUUCAGCGGGAGACUGGUCGUCGUCUUGUGAAUUAAAAUCUACAGCUGAAUAAAAGAUUUUUAAGACA